UAUAAGACUCUAACACAGAUCGAUAUCUUCGGCUUUCCUUGAAUCAAAUGAGUCUAACAGGUCUGGUUUCGCUCGUGUUCGACUUUAUUGGUCUUGUCCCGUACAAGAUCAAUCAUCAGAAGCAGGCAAUUGCAAGUGAUUCGGCAGAAGCUCCAAGGUUGAUCGAAGUUGACUGGUGCUGUGUGUGUUUGUCGAGGUUAAAGGAGAAAGAUGAGACGAAGGUUCUUCCUUGCUUUCACAGAUUCCAUAAACUGUGUGUAGAUAAAUGGCUCAAUAAGGGUCACCACAAAACAUGUCCUCUGUGUCGUUUCUCAAUGGUUGCAGCAGAAGAUCAGAAUAAGUCUCUCGCUUCUGCAGAAUUCACUGAGGAUAUGCUUGACCCAGUCGUUCAUAUGGAAUUUAUUUCGCCCCCUAACUUGUGCUAUUGGUGAACAAAAUUCUAUUCUCUGGGAGUGAUUUUUACGUCAUAUAAGUUCGUAUUUGGAUAAAAAGUACAGUGAUUAAAAAAAAAAAAAAAAGACUAGAUAUGUGGUUCAUACCUCUUGAUUACACUCCCAAUCGAUCGCUUUUAUCUUUUAACAAUUCUCUUCUUUUUACAAUCAAACUCUUUGGGUGUGAUUUUAGGAUAAAGAAAGAGUAAAAUAAAAAUACAAUAAUUUGUAGGGCUUACACGUCAUCAUUGUACUUAUGAUUUCUUUUAUAUCUAUCAUUCUCUGAAUAUUCAGUCUUAAAUA